GCAUUCCACCGCAGUGGUGUGAUUACAGAGCAUUUAUGACUUCUCAAUGAUUCUCCAUUGUUUCUGCUGCUCAUUUAUUUCUACAUUACAAAACCCAAAUUUACUCCUUCUUCUCCAGCAGAGUAAGACAAUAAUACCCACAUGCUUUCUUUUAUUAUCAUCACUCCCCUUCUUAAAUACCAUUUCAAUUAUUAUUUUAUUUUUUUUCAAAAACAUACAUCCAUUAUUCAGAUCCUCCUUUCUUAUCUCCACGGAUUUUCUGCUUGACUUUCAUAUUCUUUUUUUAUUUAUAUUUUUUGUCACUUUUCUCUUUCUUAAAAAGUUAGAAAAUUCUUGCAUUUUGGGUUUGAAGAGACGGGUCGGCGAGUUUCUUCUUCCGAUUUUAUCACAUUAUGAAGGUUUCGGGGAUCUGGGUUUUGUAUUUUGUUGUUGGGACAGCUUUAAUGUUCUUUAAUUUCUCUUGCGCCACUGCAUCAGCUAGCUUCUCAAUUUCUGAUAUGGUGCUCAUGGACAGGGGUGGGGAAAUGAUAAUGGCAGCAACAAACAGGAAGCUCAAGGAGAAAAGCUACAAUCCGAGCGUUAUGAAGAAGAAGAAGCGCGAUGCUGGAUUGUUCAAUCUAGAUGAUUAUCAUCCGAUAGAUCCAGUUCCAAGUUCAAAGGCUUCCAUAAAACCUGGACCGAUCGAGCACGGGACUCCUCUGAACCCAUUUAUUCCCAAGCCUUCUCCUCCGAGCCCUGCUCCUCCGAAGAAGGUCGGUUAGCUUAACUUUCCAGGUGAUGUAUGAUAAUAACAUGAAGAAUUGUGCUUCAGUACUUGCUAAUGUUGUUUCUAGUGGUUUGUUUAUUGUAUGGUGUGCAUAAGCCAGAUGAAACUAUAGGCAGUCUGCUUUCACAUAUAUAUAAAGAUUACUAUAAAACUGCAA